AAAGUUUGGCAAAUUAGGGCAGACAAGAGACCCGGAAUGCAGGAGAGAAGCCGCCAGCGCGCCGACUGGUUGGCCGUCUAGGAGCCAUGGGUAUCGAUCUCAUCGCCGGCGGUAGGAGCAAGAAGACGAAGCGUACCGCGCCGAAGAGCGAUGAUGCUUACCUCAAGCUGCUCGUCAAGCUAUACAGGUUUCUGGUGAGGAGAACUGGAAGCAAGUUUAAUGCUGUUGUUCUGAAGCGGCUUUUUAUGAGCAAGGUCAAUAAGCCUCCAAUCUCGCUCAGGAGGCUCAUCCAAUUCAUGAACGGGAAGGAGAACAAUAUUGCUGUAAUUGUUGGAACCGUGACGGAUGAUAAGAGGGUGCAUGAGAUUCCAGCGCUCAAGGUUACUGCUUUGAGGUUCACGGAGACUGCGAGGGCGAGGAUACUGAAGGCCGGAGGAGAAUGCCUUACCUUCGAUCAGCUUGCCCUUCGUGCACCUCUUGGGCAGAACACGGUUCUUCUGAGAGGUCCUAAGAAUGGCAGGGAAGCAGUGAAGCACUUUGGCCCAGCUCCUGGUGUUCCACACAGCCACACAAAACCCUAUGUCCGUUCUAAGGGAAGAAAAUUUGAGAAGGCUAGGGGCAGGAGAAAUAGCCGGGGAUUUAGGGUUUGAAAUGUUUCUGAUCAAACAUUAAUGCCCUAAACCCUAAUCAUGAGUAUAUCACAAUAGUUUUCUGCACAUCUUUUUUACAAUAAAUAUCUCUCCUCUCUCUC